AUGGCUGAGGAUUCACCUGAUGAUUAUUAUGAUGAUGAAUGGGAUGACGAUUCUGAAUAUGGUGGUGGCAGUACCGUGGCUUCUUCUGCUGUUAUACCUCCAACUAUUCAGUAUCCAGGUAUAGGAACAAAGACAACAUCGUCAAGAAAAACUACAGGCAAGACAGCUGCAACAACUGGUAGUAGCAGUUCUAGGUUUUCUAAGUUAGUAGGUGGUGGUGACGCAUCAUAUAUAAUGGGUGCCAUCCAGCCGCCCAUCCACUUACCCGAUACAGAAAACAUAACAAUUGUUGUACGUGGUGGUACUGGUGGUGGUCCUAUGGCAGUGGAUGUUGAAUGGUGCCGAGACCCUGAUGAUGAACCACAGGGAUACCAGUGUGUGGUGGCAUCUCCAAAGAAGGAAUCUAAACUCAAAGGCUUGAAAUCAUUUAUUGCAUACCAAUUAACUCCAACGUUUAACAAUAUUCAAGUAUCCAGGAGGUACAAGCACUUUGACUGGUUACAUGAACGGUUGUUGGAAAAAUACUGCUGUCUAGUGCCAAUACCACCAUUACCAGAUAAACAAAUUUCAGGUCGGUAUGAAGAACAAUUCAUUGAACGACGUAAACAGCAAUUACAGGCGUUCGUAGAUGCAGUUUGCCGACAUCCCGUACUGUCACGAGGUUGGGUAUGGCGGCACCACUUCAUCACAUGUACAGACGAGAAACGCUGGAAGACGGGAAAGCGGAAGGCUGAAUCACGGAACACUAGUGCUGAGACGCUCACUGGGGCCAAUGUAUUUUUUGUAAUUAGAGUAGUGUCUGCAGAUGGUAGUAGUGACCCCCCUCCACCUAUCAACCCAGCAAUUUUAGACCGUGAAGUAGACGGCUUUCAGAGAUUCGUGGGCGGAUUAGAGGGAGCGUUAAAAAAUAUGGCACAGACGGUUGCAGAACAAUCAAAACGUAUGCAAACAUGUUAUAAACGUGAUGCUCAACGAUUAGGCCAGUCAUUUUAUAUGCUGGGUCAUGCAUAUAGUGGAGCAUCAACUUCAUCAAUAGGAGACACUAGUGGUAAUGGAAACGUGAUAAGUCUAACUACUCGGCAGCUGAUGACUGCAUUGAAGAAAACUGGUGAUGUGUACAAUGAAAUGGGUGGACGGCUGAUGGACGAGCUACCCGUUGUAGGAUGGGACUCAUUUGCUGAUAUGCUACAUGUGUACCGUGGUGUUGCAGGCGCAUUCCCUGAUAUACUAGCUGUACACAAGAGUGCAGUGCAAAAACGGAAAGAAUGUGAACGACUGUAUUCGGAAGGUUUACCAAUUGGUGGCAGUGGUAGUGAAGGAACUGGAGGAUCUGGUGGUGGAGCAUCGUUAUCUGGUUCUGGCGGUGGUGGAGCUGUAGCAGUUGCAGACCCAGAACAACAGCGACGGCUGCUGCGCGAGAUGCAACGUCGUACCGACAUAGUGUCAUAUGCUUUAUUAGCAGAGAUAAAUCAAUUUCAUCGAGAUCACGUACUUGGCCAAAUGUCUGGCCAUGUUCGUCAGCUUUUACGCAACCAAAUAGAAUAUUACAGAAAAAUUGCUGACAAUUUAGAAAACGUUUUACACAUGUACCCUGAUAAUGGUGAUGAAGACUCUAUAGGAAUAGAUCAUCAUUAUGAGCAACAACAUUACAAUCAAGGAAUAAUUGAUGAUAAUGCCUCUUAUCAACAUCAAUAUUAUUCUAAUCAGUAGUUAUUUAUUGAAAUGGGUAGCAUAAAAUAUGGUAUAUAACUAGAAUGCA